AUGACAUCAACGUUGGCGGUCAUCGCCCCGUCAGAACCCCCGACAACAGAUCUUGGGCUCGCCGCGCCUACUCACAGGAUGGAGGAGACGGCAGUGUGGGACGCGCUCCCUGCCGAGGAGAAGCGCUCAGUAUGGGACGAGACGGAGAACAACUUUUGGAGCAGGUUCGAGCGAGAUCAGGAAGAGGCGCGCGCCGCCGCCGAGAAGGACUACCGUGAUGCGACCCUGGACCUCAAGCUCGAGUUCAACACCUUGUCUGGCAGGCAAUCUCAGCUUGCCGAGACCCGAGACCGCCUUGCAAGGGAGCUGGCCAAAGUCGAGCAAGACCUUGCUCAAGUCGCUCAGGCCUGCGAGGACAAGAGCAUGAAACUCAAUGCUCUGGAGCACGAGUACGGCAAGAGGAAGCAUGACAGGGAGGAGAAGCGCGAGCACAUCUACAAUCAAAUGCUGCACUUCUUCAAGACCAAACGCGGGGAGGACUCGGACAGCGGACGCGCCUCUCGCGCUCCACCGCCGCCUAAGCGCCAGCCUCUGCCAACAGCGAAGACGCCUUCAUGGCGAGACCAGAUCCUGAAUCACGACGACGACACCCCGAUGGAGGAUGCACCGCGCACAAACGGCCAUGCUAACGCAGACGCCUCGACUCCUGCGCCUGUUGUCACCCCGGCUAAUGGCAACCACAAUUCUGCCGAUGUGCUUGUCAAUGUUGUCGACGCGGACGACAACGUCAUCGGACCCGUGGAGAGGAUUGACGGCUGGAACCAGUGGGUCAGGGAGAUUCAGGAUAUGCCCAUCAAGCGCCCCGUCAAGAUCCGUCGCGGAAGACGGUUUGGACCCGAUCACCUUCGCACCAUUUACGAGCGCUCCGAAAGCAAGGGCGUCAAGUGGUUGUCAUGCAUGAUUCAGGCAACGGGCGAGGUGGCGCCUCGGCGAUGCCACUCCUGCGACAAGAACCAAGGGGCGUUCGAAGAAUGCAUCGUCCUUGGUGGCAACAUGUUCCAAAAGUGCGGAAACUGCGAAUGGAACCGUCAGGGCUGCCACAUGCCCUCGGCCAGUAGAUCCAGCGUUGCUGCUUCGCCACAAAAGGCACGCGAGACCAAUACGGAGACGGAGGAGAUGGACCGGGACGACACGACAGGAUCUUGGGAGGCACGACGAGCGGAGGUUGCUCGGGAAGCUCUGGCCAAGGCGUCAGGACUCCCUGCUGCCAGCCUCAGAGAGUCCCUCUAUGUGAACCACACCGAGAUAGAGCACAAGAGCCCCGUUCUCCCGGAGCCCGUGCAGAUGCCGACACCCCAGGAACCGAAGGAGCACACCUUUGUGAACUCGACACCCGCUGGAGGCGCAGGGUUCAAGGCCGUCAACGGCUUCACGGCUGCGAAUAGCUUCCCCUCCACUGGCAGCUUCACUCCUGCCAAUGGCUUCACACCGGCAAACAACCGAAACAGCAGGCCCUCGUCACGCGAUAUCCUCACUCCUUCCGCCAUGUCCGUGGAGACGUCACCGCAGCCGACACCGCCCGGAUCCGAGCCGCUCGAGGAGAUUACCCGCGCCAAUCUCGUAUUGGAGCACGAUGGCACCGUUUAUACGCACCCCGAGAUUGUCCAAGGCGUUCCGCUGGCCAAGAUUGACGAGAAUCAUCCAUACUGGGAGCUGGGUUGGAAGCCUCUGAAGUCGCAGAUCGAGGCGCAGCUGGCGACCUGGCGCGACAAGAACACCUUGGCCCUCGAAGCCAAGAGCCGUGGCGAGGGAGGCUCAGCCAAGUUCCAGACCGGGCGACAGGUCAACCGCGGUGUCAAGAUCCUCGAAUUUUUGGAGCAAGGCGAGAUCAGCCCCUACCAGCUCAUCAGCAAAAAAUUCAUCCAUACUGGCAAGGGCGCCAUCACCUCGUACGACACGUUGUUCCGCAUGUGCGAGACUCUUGCGGAGCUGGCCAAGUUCAAGCUCGACGUGACGCCGAUUGAAUGGAUGCGCCACCGCCUGCACGAGAUCAUGAUGCAGAAGGGCGUCAAUUUCAACGUGGCAAAGGUCAUCCAUGACUUCUACCACGACAAGAAGCUGACGGCGUUGCGCGUCAAGAACGGCUACAAGAGCAUCGGGCGUCCUUCGGGCUACAAGCCUGGCCAGAGCAAGACGCCGCAGGGCUCGGUCAAGAAGCGCAAGAGCAUGCACUCCCAGACUGGCACGCCUCGCGAGACUCCCUCCCGUGCUCCGUCUCCGCUGGAUGUGGAAGAGAACGCAGCGUCCCCGGCCCUGACUCACGCGACGUCUGUCCAGACCGAGUCGGGUUCGUUCGACACGUUCUCGAGGAAGCGACUCAAAACUCUGUCCCCACCGACAGGGGUGGCUCACGAUACCCUCGAUGUCGGAGAGUAUUCCGACACGGACUCGUUCAGCGGAGCUCCCCUGGCCAGCCACGACUGGCGCCUCUACCAAAUCAAGACGAGGCUCUUCACAAGCUCCAUCCAGGUGACGCAGUACUGGAAUUGGAAGGAGAGGGAGCGCAUGUUCGAGCACCAGCUGCUCAAGGACACGGAUCCCAUCACCUGGGGGGUGCACCGAGACCCGAUCGACUUCAACAUCCGGCUCGACGACAUCGUCGAGGUGCGAUGGAACAUUGACGUGCUGCAAGUGCACAUUGUGAUGAGCCAAUGGGGCACCGCGAUUGCCAAACAGGACGGCGAACCGCGCGGAGAUGUCAUGGCCGCGUUCAAGAGAGAGCGAACCAUUCGUCGUUUCCUUGACUUUUGCAGAGCGAGAAGACUCCGCACGACCGAGGUGGCUCCAGAGGACAUGGAGUCCGAGUGGGGAAAGAUGCAAUCCGAACAGCUGCCUGGACCCGGUGAAGAGGCCGGCGCUUCGCUGAAGGAAUAG